GGGAGCUGUAGUUCGCAGGUUGAGCGGUUGGCAGCCCCUGACCGAGCUUGGGCCUCUCCCGGAUGGCUGCUGCCACGCGCGGCUGCCGGCCCUGGGGCUCGCUCCUCGGGCUGCUCGGGUUGCUCUCCGCGGUGACUGCUGCCUGGGACCUAGCUUCGCUGCGCUGCAACUUCGGCUCCUUCUGCGAAUGCGACUUCCGGCCCGACUUGCCGGGUCUGGAGUGUGACUUGGCCCAGCACUUGGCUGGGCAGCAUCUGGCCAAGGCAGUGGUGGUGAAGUCCCUGAAGGCCUUUGUGCGGGAUCCCGCCCCCACCAAACCGCUGGUUCUCUCCCUGCAUGGCUGGACAGGCACCGGCAAGUCCUACCUCAGCUCCCUCCUGGCUCACUACCUCUUCCAGGGCGGUCUCCGCAGCCCCCACGUGCACCACUUCUCCCCCAUCAUCCACUUCCCGCACCCCGGCCGCAUUGAGCGCUACAAGAAAGAUCUUAGGAGCUGGGUCCAGGGGAACUUGACUGUCUGCGGCCGCUCCCUCUUCCUCUUUGAUGAGAUGGACAAACUGCCCCCAGGCCUGAUGGAGGUCCUACGACCUUUCCUGGGCUCCUCCUGGGUUGUUUACGGGACAAACUAUCGAAAAGCUAUCUUCAUCUUCAUCAGCAACACUGGUGGUGAACAAAUCAACCAGGUGGCCUUGGAGGCAUGGCGCAGCCGCAGGGACCGUGAGGAGAUCAGCCUGCAGGAGCUGGAGCCAGUCAUCUCCCGAGCCGUGCUGGACAACCCACACCAUGGCUUCCGGCACUCGGGCAUAGUGGAGGAGCACCUGCUGGACGCCGUGGUGCCCUUCCUCCCGCUGCAGCGGCACCACGUGCGGCACUGUGUGCUCAACGAGUUGGCCCAGCUGGGCCUGGAGCCGCGGGACGAGGUGGUGCAGGCUGUGCUGGACGGCACCUCCUUCUUCCCCGAGGACGAGCAGCUCUUCUCCUCCAACGGCUGCAAGAUGGUGGCCUCUCGAAUCGCCUUCUUCCUCUGACCCCAGGAUGGCAUCCUUGCCUGGCCAGCCCAGCCCACGAGGGAAAGGCCGAGGGACCCUUGUCCAGAAGCUGCUGGAGAGGGGCCCCAGAGUCAAGGCGAAGAGGGGUGUUGGCCAGGCCAGGGGCAGAGGCGGGGAAGGGCCUGGCCUCAGAACUGGUUAGAGGCACCCUGGCCGUUGCUUCCUGGUCACCCUAGGACCUCACUGAGCCUCGACUUUCUCCUGUGGCCUGAGCCGCCUUAAUGUGAACUACAACUCAGGGAUCAAGGUUCACGGCUGUCCCUCCCUUCUAGGUCUGUUACCCACACCCCUUGCCCUGGCACCAAACCCGCCUCAUCCUACAGUCUGUGACCCUAAUAUCACAGCUCAGGCUGGGACCUAACAGUUUUCAUGAGCGGAGGGACUCAAGAUGCACCUGGGCCUGGAUUUACAAGUUUUUAAUUUUUUAAAAAGAAGAGAACAAGUAUAAUAAACUUAGCCAUGGACUGAA